AGAAAGAAAGAAUCGCUAUAAAAGAAGAAGGCUUUCCGUAGCAGACAACACGCUAGACAAGCAAGCAGUCCUGUGCUUCUGCUCUUGUGACAGAAGCUGCAAUGGCUUCUCCUGCGGGAAGACGCCUGGUGCUGGUGGCUCUCGCUGUGCUCGUUGCUCUCUGUGUUGGUCAAGUCGGUGCAAGAACUGUUCCUGAUGACGAGAAGUUUUUUCACGAUCCGGACGGCUUCGGGGGCCAUUUCCGGGGUCCUGGAUACGGAUAUGGCGGCGGCCCUGGCUUUGGCUAUGGCCCGCAUUGCCGGUUCUGGAAGCGCUGCGGUCCAUACGGGGGUCGCCCUGGCCAUGGAUUUGGAGGUCGUCCUUGGGGUGGAUACGGCCACCGUGGUGGGUUUGGCGGAGGGGUCGGAGGUGGAGCAGGUGGCGGUUUUGGGGGAGGUAUCGGAGGUGGUGUAGGUGGUGGUUUUGGUGGUGGCGGUGGUGCUGGUGGUGGGCUUGGCGGAGGUGCCGGAGGUGGCUUUGGUGGUGGCGGUGGUGCUGGAGGUGGGCUUGGCGGAGGUGCUGGAGGUGGCUUUGGUGGUGGCGGUGGUGCUGGAGGUGGGCUUGGCGGAGGCGCAGGAGGUGGUGCAGGUGGUGGCUUUGGUGGUGGCGGUGGAGCUGGUGGUGGGCUUGGCGGAGGUGCUGGUGGUGGCUUUGGUGGUGGCGGUGGUGCAGGAGGUGGGCUUGGUGGAGGUGCCGGAGGUGGUGCUGGUGGUGGGCUCGGAGGUGGAGGAGGUGGUGGUCUUGGUGGAGGUGCUGGAGGCGGUGCAGGUGGUGGCUUUGGUGGUGGCGGUGGUGCUGGUGGUGGGCUUGGAGGUGGAGCAGGUGGUGGAUUUGGUGGAGGUGCUGGAGGUGGUGGAGGUGGUGGGCUUGGUGGAGGUGCUGGAGGCGGUGCAGGUGGUGGCUUUGGUGGUGGGUUGGGAGGCGGAGCAGGUGGCGGGUUUGGUGGAGGUGCUGGAGGUGGUGCAGGUGGUGGGUUGGGAGGUGGAGCAGGUGGUGGAUAUGGAAAAGGGGGUGGUUUGGGCGGAGGUGUUGGAGGUGGCGUAGGUGGUGGUGGUGGAUUUGGAGGAGGUGGUGGUGGUGGAGUAGGCGGAGGAUCUGGCGGUGGUUUUGGAGCUGGCGGCGGUGCCGGUGGUGGUGCUGGUGGAGGCGUUGGUGGGGGUGGUGGCCUUGGAGGAGGGCAUGGUGUUGGUGGAGGUUUCGGAAUUGGCAUAGGAGUUGGAUUCGGUGGUGGAGUUGGUGGUGGUGCUGGAGGGGGUGCUGGUGGUGGUGCAGGAGGCGGAUUUGGUGGUGGAGGUCGAUAGUUUAAUUACCAAAUAUUUGAAGUAUGUUUCCAAAAAAUAUAUGCCAUUGUUUGUUGUAAUGUUCUGAACGUCAUGUUCUCAUUGCAUAUUAAGUGUUUUUUGCAGUCAUUAAUAUUGUAAAGUCUUGGUUGGGAGUUUCUGUGCUUGGUAAUUCAAGAACGAGUAUCGGACACUUGUAAGCAAAAGGGAGUAACAUUAUGGCAGUCCAUGUGAUCUUGGCAGUGCAUGUUCAGAAUUCCCAACUGAUUUAUUAUCCAGCAAGGUGAAAAAACAAGCUUUUUAACUUCUUAAA